AUCACGUCUAGCUGCACUUCAAUUUCACAAGCCGCACUCCCUCGAACGUCUUCGCCCCUCAAUACGUCUUUGUUGCGAGCAAUAGCCUCUCUUUCCCCUUAAGGCAGGCUAUUCUUUUUCAUUAUUGACCAAAGCCAUGCACUCCUUGGGGUUCAACUUUCUCGCCUUCGCGGCAGGCGUCCAAGCUCAUGGGUAUCUGUCAUCUCCAAUGAGUCGGACAGGUUUGAAUGCCCAGACUGGCAAAGACACUUGUCCCGAAUGUACCAUCCUCGAGCCCGUCACAGCAUGGCCCGAUCUCACGACUGCUAAAGUCGGCCGCAGCGGUCCAUGUGGCUACAAUGCACGUGUGAGCGUUGAUUACAACAAGCCCGGCGGAUUCGGGUCCUGGGGUAUGGAGCCUGUUGCUACAUACAAGCCCGGCGACGUUGUUGAAGUACAGUGGUGCCUUGACCAUAACGGCGACCACGGAGGCAUGUUCAGCUACCGCAUCUGCCAGGACCAAAACCUGGUCAACAAGUUCCUGGACCCCAACUACCUCCCCACCGACGCUGAAAAGCAAGCCGCAGAGUAUUGCUUUGAGGCGGGCACACUCCCUUGUACGGAUGUGGGCGGUCAAAUAUGCGACUACAGCCCCGACUGUACAUCAGGCCAACCCUGCUGGCGCAAUGACUGGUUUACUUGCGAAGCCUUCUCGGACACCAAAUGCCAGGGCAUCGACAAUGCGCCGCUCAACUCAUGCUACACCUCCAUCGCCGGCGGAUACACAGUGACCAAGAAAAUCAAGAUCCCCAACUACGUCUCCAACCACACGCUCCUCUCCUUCCGCUGGAAUUCCUUCCAAACACCCCAAGUGUACCUCACCUGCGCCGAUAUCGCUAUCUCAGGGGGCACCACCACCCCUUCAAACCCCACAACUACCUCCUCCCAACCCGCGGUCCCCACCAGCACAGCCCAAUCCUGUGCAACUCCCGUAUCUAAAGUCGCUGUCGCCUUCAAUGAAAAAGUCAAAACGGUUGUUGGCCAGACGAUCAAGAUCGCGGGCUCGGUUUCUGAGCUGGGCAAUUGGGAUACUGGCGCUGCGCCGGCGCUGUCAGCGUCGCAGUACACGGAUGCAAAUCCGGUGUGGUCGACCGCAAUUGACCUGGCGUCGGGUACAAGCUUUGAAUACAAAUUCAUCAAGGUGGAGAGUAGUGGGGCGGUCACUUGGGAGAGCGGGAGUAACAGGGUGUAUUCCGUGCCGGAGGGGUGCGCGGCGGCCGCGGUGGUUAAUGUGGAGUGGAAAUAGAUGCUAGUUUGGGAGAGCAAAGUCGAUGUUAUAAAAGUGCCCAUGCGAUUUCCUUGGUAUCCUGUCCUGCUUCGUUGCUUUGUUAGGGCAGGCAGCAGUUUGGGGUUUGUUUCGUAGGAAGUGCCAGUAAUACGCAUUACACACUAGUAUAGUGCGGAUGGCAGCCUGAGUGGAGUUGUUUUGGUGGGUAUUCGGCACCACGAGGCGGAUCACAGAGUUUUGGUAGACACUCUUCACCUUCCUUGACCUGCAAUCAUUUUCUAG